GACAUGCUGACGUUCUAGAUAAUGACAUUUAUAUAAGCCAAUGAAAUAGUGUCUUUUAAAUCUGUACCAGGUCAAAUUAUAGGUCGUCAAGGAAAUGUUGAAUAUUACUAAAUAAAAUGCUGAAAGGAAUAAGAAGGUUAUCACAGAAUUACAAAUUGAAUUUGUGUCAUAUGUCACAAAUGGCUGAAUCUGCUGUGCAGAAACCAGUGGAAAGUUCAAUUACAAAGAAAUUAACAGAAGGACUUAGACCACAGCAUUUAGAAGUUAUAAAUGAAAGUUAUAUGCACAAUGUACCUAAAGGAUCUGAAAGUCAUUUUAAAGUUGUGGUAAUAUCAGAUAUGUUUGAAGGUCAGCCACUAAUUAAGAGACAUAGAAUGAUCAAUGAAAACUUAGCAGACGAACUGCAAGGAUCUGUGCAUGCACUUUCCAUAACUGCAAAAACACCAAAACAAUGGGAAGACUCAGGUCAGGUUGUUGGUAAAUCUCCACCAUGCCAAGGAGGUUCUGGAUUGUGAUGAAGGAUGUGAUAUUUUGAAAAAAAAUAUAACAAAAUGGGGUUUAUCACACUAUAUAAACCUUUGUAUGUGACAGAUACUCAAAUAUUUAAAUAAAUGACAAAAAGAAAGAGAAUAAAAGUAUUCAUAAAUGA